AUGUCGAGCCCCACCACCAACAACAACCCCAACUCUCUGGGACGCAGAAGUACUCUGGGUAGUGUCCUAGACGCAUCGGAGGCCCUCCUGACCUUAGUCAAAGAUGUGAGCAAUGUUGUAGCAGUGCCGUACAUGCGGGACGCCGCGGAGGUAUCCCUUGGCUUCCUGAACAUUGUCCAAACCAUCAGGGAGAGCAAAGAGGAAUGGCAACGCUUAGCUGAAAGCGUAGCUCGGCUUGUAUUAGCAGUGGCGACGAAGGUUCAUUCCACUGGUUCACCUACUCUCGACGGCGAUACUAUGGAUCAAGUCUGGGAGCUCAAUAACAUGUUGUUGAAAGUCCGCGAAAUAGUGGAAACGAUGAAGUCUCGAAAUCUCUUCAAACGUAUUAUAGGAUUCAGAGAUGACGCAACUAAGCUGCAGCAGCAUCGUGCAGAUUUGAAGGUCGCAAUAGAUGUUUUCAUGGUUCGUGCGGCAAUAACCAAUGCAGAAAAUGUGCGGAAAAUAACGACAUCGCAAGAUACGUUACUCACUGGGCAACGGAGCCUUGACGCGAAGCAAGACGAAGUAUUGUCAACGCAAAGAAUGACAAAUGAAUACCUACAAAAGAUUGAUACAUCUAUCAACGCCCUGAAGACGAACUCGUCGGCACCCUCGUCAUAUUCGACUAGUCCCGCUACCCCCGGGAACACCAUGCUGCUACCCCCAUUCUUCCCGGAAUCGCCCUCCCGUUAUGCGAUCCCUUCUAACAGUAAUUUCGCUCAUCUCCUACCCGCGCACGCCAAUAUCACCACCAUUGCUGGGGAUCAUGUCAUAAACAACAUCAAUAUGGUGACCUCCAACAGACAGUCUCAUCAAGUAACAACCAUCAAUACAGUCAACUCGCACAAUGCGUACAUAGGGCCGAUGGCUUCGUCGAAUACCAAAGGCUGGGUGGUUUGGCAGUUGGGGAGAACAAAGACGCCUGCGUUUGCUCGGCUAGAGAUAUCAGGCAGUGGCCUCACUGAUUCGCCGAAAACUAACUUUACCUUUGUUGUAGUGAAGCAAGGCUUCAGGCGGGUUAAGGAAUGGCCGUUCGACCUCUCUUAG